AAAAUAAAUUUUAUAUGUAAGAGCAUGGUACUGAUCUCAAAAUAUUCUCUCCUCCUCAAACUCUCCUUCAAAACCUCUCUGAAUCUGAUUGUCUCUCUUUGAUGGAUGUUAAUGGUCUUGUUUGUCUUUAGUGAAAAGCUUUUCUCCUCACUGUCGACUGAGUUGUUAAGGCUGUGUAUGUUUCAUCUCUAAGACACUCUGGAAAGUUUCCAAGGUUUUUCUUUCUUUACUUGCACUUCCACUUCAAUUCUAUUAUUUCUCUCUGUUUAAAUCUCAACUUACUUUCUGUCUUCAGUUUUAUUGUAAAUCUCUGUGUUCCACUGUUGCUUACCAGAAAAAAACAAAAAAAAAAUCCCUGUAUUCUCUUUUGAUUUCAGUAAACUUUGCAAUCUUCUCCUCUGCAACUCUAUUUUAUUAACUCUGUGUUGAACAAUUACAAAAUCAGUAUUCUCUGCAUUCUGUUUUCAUUUUACUAAGCUCACUUUCUUCUUUGUAAUUUCUGUUUUACAACACAAGUUCUCUUUGUCCAAUUAUAUUGUGAUUCUCUAUAUUCAACCUUGCUUGUCAAAAAAAAAAAAAAAACUUUAGAUCCGCUCUUGCAAAGUGUUCCUUUCAUAUCUUCAUACCCUCUACAAAAUUGUAUUUCUCUUCCUCUGCCACUCUAUUUUAACUCUGUGUUCAUUGUGUUUUCAAUAGUUGUUUGUUUUCUUCUAGUUUUACAUAUUGCAUUGCAGAAAAAGGAAAAGAGAGAGAGAGAGAGAGAGAGAGAGGUACACAGCUGAAAUAGAAGUGAGAAAUGGCUACUGGUUUGGUUGGUUUUGUUGGCCCGAUUGUAGGGCCGAUUGCAGGCAUUGGACAAUUUCUAAUGGCUCCAGUUGGCCGUCAUUUCGGUUAUCUAUUUUCCCAUAAAAGCAAGGUCAAGAAUCUGAAUGAUGAAGUCAAGAAGUUGGAUGAGAAAAGAGGUGCAAUGCAGCUAGCAGUUGAUGAAGCAGAAAGAAAUGUAAAAGUUAUUGGACCUGAUGUCAAGGGGUGGCUGGAAAGGGUUGAUAAAUGCAGCGAAGAGGCCAGAGAAAUUAUAAAAGAUGAAGUUGAAGAAAACAAAGGGUGUCUAUAUGGGUGGUGUCCAAACCUGCCGUUACGUUACUCGCUCGGUAAGAAAGCAACCAACAAGGCAAAAGAGGUGGCUAAGUUGUACGAAGAGAGGAAACUGACGGAAGUGGCCUACAAUAAGCCUUCACCAUGGAUAGAAUCCACAUCCACUGAAGGUAUUAAGGUUUUUGAAUCUAGACGAUUGAUUACGAAUGAUGUCAUGGAGGCACUGAAGGAUGAUAGAUUCCACCUGAUUGCAAUAUGUGGGAUGGGAGGUGUUGGUAAGACAACAAUGGUGAAAGAAGUUGCCAAAAGAGCAAAUAAAGAGAAAUUGUUCGAUGAGGUUGUGAUGGCUGUAGUGUCCCAAAUUCCUGAUAAAAGGAAGAUUCAAGGUGAAAUUGGAGAUAAAUUGGGUUUGAAAUUUGAGGAGGAGACUGAACUUGGAAGAGCAAAUCGACUACGUGAAAGACUAAAGGACACCAAGAGAAUCCUUGUCAUAUUGGACGAUGUUUGGGAGCGUCUCGAACUGAAUGACAUAGGAAUUCCAUUUGGAGAUGGUCAUAGAGGUUGCAAAAUUUUGCUGACUUCUAGAUAUGAUAAUGUAUGCAACGAUAUGAAUGCUCAAAAGAAAUUUACAGUUGAAGUCUUAACUGAAGAAGAAGCAUGGAAUCUCUUUGAGGAGAUGGCUGGAAUUUCCAAUGACACAAGUCACACAAGUACUGAUUUGUAUAUCACACAGAAGAAAGUUGCGGAUGAAUGUGGACGUUUGCCGAUUGCUAUUGUUACAGUUGCAAGGGCACUCAUAGAUAAAGAUGAGCAGUCAUGGAAUUCGGCCCUUCUACAGUUACGCAAGUCCAUGAUAAAAAACAUCAGGAAUGUAGAAAAAGAGGUGUUUAAAUCUCUGGAGUUGAGUUACGACUUCUUAGAAAGAAGAGAAAUUAAGGAAUGCUUUUUGCUCUGCUCCUUAUAUGCUGAAGAUUUUAAUAUUCCAGUUGAAGAUAUCGUUAGAUAUGGUGUUGGGAUAGAGUUGUUUGAGGCCAUUGAUAGCGUCAAAGAAGCAAGAGACAGAGUACAUGACUUUGUCGAUGACUUAAAAAAAGGCUAUCUCUUAAUGGAUGGUGAACUAGAAGGUUGUGUUAAAAUGCAUGAUGUAGUUCGUGAUGUUGCUAUAUCAAUAGCAUCUAGGGAGGAGCAUUCAUUUAUGGUAAGAUGUGACGAAGCAUUGAAAGAAUGGCCGGAGAAAGAACGACAGAAAAAUUACGCUGUAAUUUCAUUGCGAUGCACUGGUAUGAGCAAGCUGCCUGAUAAUCUAGAAUUUCCAAAACUCCAUCUUUUACGGCUAGAGGACAAUUAUGCAUCAUAUCGUCCAAAUCUCCCAGAUAGUUUCUACGGAGGGAUGAAGGAACUCAAAGCUUUAAGCAUGUUGAAUGUGUACAUUGAAGGAUCAUUGCCGACAUCCCUGCGAUGGUUGACCAACCUCCGAAGCUUGUCACUAUACGAAUGCGGACUGAUCAAUGAUGUAUCUGCAAUAGGAGCAUUAGAGAAUCUAGAAAUUUUGAGUUUCAAAGGCACCAAAUUCGAGGAGUUGCCAAAAGAAAUAGGUCGGCUUAGUCACUUGAAGCUACUGGAUUUGUUGCGAUGUGUUGUGAAGAGGAUUUGCCCAGGUGUUUUGUCGAGCUUGUCAAAGCUAGAAGAGUUGUAUCUUGGGUAUAGCUUUGAUGAUGAAAACAGGAUAGAAGAAGCUAAAGCGACUUUCACUGAGCUGUGUGGGUUGUCUAAUUUUACAACUUUGGUCAUUCACCUACGACAUGUUGCAUACUGGCCAAGAGACUUGGUCCUUACGAAUCUAAAAGCAUUCGCUAUAACCACUGGGUUUCCUAGAGGUUGUCGUGAUUAUCAGUUACAAAACCAGUUGAGUCUCGAGGAUCUUCACGAGAGCGAUCUUAUGGAGAGUGGGGUCAAGAAUCUUUUCAAGAUCACUAAAAUUUUACAAAUAACACGAGCUGUAGGUGUGAGGAAUGUUGGCUAUGAUUUAGCCAGAGAUGGUUUCAAAAAAUUAACAGAAUUGUUCUUGGAAGAUUGUCAGGAUUUGGAAUAUGUCAUUGAAACAACAGAUGGGGUUCCAGUUCCACAAAUAGCCUUUCCCGUGUUACAAUCGCUAUGUCUCCAUCAUUUAGGUAAAUUGAAAGAGAUUUGUCAUGGUCAACUACCAGAGGAGACCUUCAUUGCAUUGAAAGAGCUGCAACUAGUGGACUUGCCCACAUUGACACAUUUGUGGAAGGGUCCUACUCAACUUGCCCGCAACCUAACUUCUCUAAAAUUGAAUAGAUGUGAUAAACUGGAAAGGAUGUCCUCAUUAUCCAUAGCCAGAGAUUUGAUGCAACUACAGAAACUUCAUGUAUCUCAAUGUCGUAAGAUGGAAGUACUUAUUUCGAGUGAAGAAGAAGGAGAUCAAAAUGAGAUAGCAUCAACAACAAUAGAAACAACAGACAAAAUUGUGUUUCCUAAACUAAAGGUUUUGUAUCUUCAAGACCUGGCAAGUUUUACUGCUAUGUGCAAGGCUACGAAUGGAAUUGAGCUGCCACAAUUGAACGAGCUGACACUCUUUCAGAUGUCAAAGCUCAAUAGUUUUUGCAAUACUUCUAUUCAACCUCUCUUCAAUAAGGUUAAAUUAAUUACAAUUGAGAAAUUGGUGAUCUUUGGAAUGGAUAACGUGAUAGAGAUAUGGCCUAGGGAGCUUCAACCUAAAGUGAGAUACAUGAUUAUUUGGCAGUGCCGUAAGCUAUCGAAUAUUCUUUUUCCAUCCAAUGUGAUUAAGGGCAUGCAGAGUCUUGAACGACUUAUGGUUGGGUGGUGUCAAUCUGUGGAAGUAGCUUUUGAUCAUGAAGGAAUAAUUGUUAGGGAAGGCAAUCCAGAUAUCGUACUCCCUUCAUUAACAAAAUUGGUCCUACGUUAUCUACCAAAGUUGACACAUGUUUGGAAGAACAACUUACUAAGAAUUCCAAGCUCUCAGAACCUGACAUCCUUAACAGUAGUGGGUUGUAGCAGUUUGAGAUAUAUGUUCUCAUCUUCUCAAGCCAAACUUCUUGUGAAACUACAAGAAAUAGCUGUAGCUGAAUGUGGUGUGCUGGAAGCAAUUGUUAAUGAGGAACCAAAAGUAGAUGAUGAAGUCGCAACAAAUAUAAUCAUGUUCCCUCAACUAAAUAGUCUCAAACUCUAUCAUCUGCCAAACAUCAAGAGUUUAUGUCCCCAAGCUUACACAUUUGAAGGAUCAUUCAUCGAGGAGAUUAAAGUAAUCAACUGUCCCAACAUGAGGGCACUCCCUUCAGCAUUGCAGUGCAUGCUAGAGCUACAAGAGAGCAAUGUUCGAGAAGUGGAAUUUUUUAACUCAGCUCAACACCAUCUCUUGGAUAGAAAGUUUAGUUUAAGCACUAGGGGAAUACUUAAUGUCACAGGAAUAGAUGAGCCAACUGAGAAAUGGCACAAUCAACUUGAAGUCGGAUGCCUUGACAAAGUAAGAUUCAUGCGGGUCCAGUGUUGUGGAAAAUUAUUGAGUGUUGUCUCGUCCAAGUUAAUGCAAAGACUGCACAAUAUACAAGGGCUAAAAGUAUGGUGGUGUGAUUCACUGGAAAUGAUAUUUGAUCUCCAAGAAGGGGUCUGUGCUGAUGUUGCUGAGAAAGAAACAUUAAUCACUCAGUUAAGCACAUUGACAUUGAAGUAUUUGCCAAAGCUGACGCACAUAUGGAAGAAUAUUUCCCAACAAACUCAUUGUUUCGAAAAUCUAAGUUCUCUAGGAGUGCAGCACUGUGACAACCUGAGAUAUAUAUUCACAAUUUCCAUGGCCAACGUUCUUGUGAAUCUACAAAAUCUAACAGUUGAACACUGCGAGAAGGUAGAAAAGAUUGUUACCAGGGAAAACGAAGAAGAGAUCUUUUCGCAAGAAAUUGACUAUGUCUACCUUCUUAAUCUUCCAAGUCUCGUGUGUUUUGGCCCGGAUGUAAAUAAUACUGAAAUUCCAGCAAGAAGAACCGAUGUAAGGCUCUGCCCCAAAUUUUCAGGCAAUGAGGAUGAAAUUGACUCUGAGGAACGUGUCUUUGACUUUGACACUGACUUUGACAUUGACGUUGACGAACUUGUCGUAGAUGACGAUGACUUUGCCGAAUAUAACUUUGAUGAACGUUGUCAGGUUAUUUUUGAGGCAUGAUUUUCUCAAUUUCUAUGAAGAUCAAGAAGUUGGAGAAACCAACCAAGGUUACACGGUGGUCUCAUAUAUCUAUAGAAACUAUUUAGUUGUUACGAUUACGUUUUAUCGAACUAUUGUCUAAAUUUAAAUAAGCUAUUAGCUUUUACUAUUUGCUCUUUGUAGUGUGUGUUCUUGUUUGUUGCGUUGAUGAUGCUACUACCAAAACCUUGUGUUUUGUGGUUACAAUUGGACUUACUUUAUUAUUAGCCAUGUAAUAAUUUAUGGUGAAUUUGAAAUUUGUGUUUUGUGUGCAAUUGCACCAA